AACAUCUUCUUAAUUAAUUUGUUCUCCCAUAUUCCUCCUUCCAUCAUUUUAGUAAAACCAAACCAUGAGGUCUUUCACCUUUUUCUUCUUUUUUUCAACUAUAGUAGCCUUGGCAUUAGCCUCUACUUCCGAUCACGUAGAGGCCAUAAGCCAAGUGGUAGAAAUUCAUCGUCUAAGGCCACAGACUGGUACUGCUGGUUAUCACGUCCCACAAUUAGACUGUCUUAGUUGGCGACUAGGGGUUGAGACUAACAACCUCCAAGAUUGGAAAUUGGUGCCAAGUGCUUGUGAAAACUAUGUAGGUCACUACAUGUUGGGCAAACAAUAUCGACAUGACUGCGAGGCUGUGGCGGAUGCCGCUAUUGAGUAUGCCAAAGGCCUCAAACUUGGUGGAGAUGGAAAGGAUGUCUGGGUAUUUGAUAUUGACGAGACCACUCUCUCCAAUCUUCCUUAUUAUGCUGGAUCCGACGUUGCCUUUGGGGCAAUAGCGUUUAACAGUACGAGGUUUAAUGCGUGGGUAAUGGAGGGAAAAGCACCAGCAAUUCCAGCAACACUUCGUUUAUACAAGGUGGUGUUGUCUCUUGGGAUCAAGCCCGUUAUCCUAACAGGAACUCCUGAGUUUACCAGACAAGCAAGAAUUACCAAUCUAAUGAAAGCCGGUUACACUUCUUGGUUAAAGCUCAUAUUAAAGGGAGAAAAUGAUUCACCAAAAUCAGUGGUGUACAAAUCGAGCAAGAGGACGGAGCUGGUGAAAGCUGGAUAUAGAAUUGUUGGUAACAUUGGAGAUCAAUGGACUGAUUUGAUCGGAGAAAACGCGGGGUCUCGUACUUUCAAAGUCCCUGAUCCUAUGUACUACAUUGGUUAAUUGAACCACUCUCGUUUCCUUUGAUUCUCAACAUAAUUAAACACUCAAUAACAAAUGUUGUAGCAACUUAUGGGACACUACUUAGCUCAGUGUUCCAAUAUCAAUGUAAUCAUACAUCAUUUAUGAUUUA